CCCAGUCCUUCCCCUUCCCCCAACCAAACCCGCCACCAAGAACACAGCGCACCAACCGGCCUCCCAAAACCCCACGAGGAAUCCCCCCAAUUCGCCCUGCCCUCUCGCAGAUCGUACCAUCGGCGCGCGAUUGCAGCCGAUUCGACCCCCAAUCCCCAGCUUCUCGGGUCGUGGCGCCGGUUCCUCGCCAGAAAAAUCGGCUCUUUGAUUGGGGAGCGGAGAUGGGGGAGGGGGUGAAGGCGAUGCUGGCCCGGCCGAUCCAGCUGGCCGACGAGGUCGCCAAGCAGUGCGCCGCAGCGCGGAGCUUCCGCGCCGAGUGCGCCGAGCUCAAGGCGCGCGCCGACAAGCUGGCCGCGCUGCUGCGGCAGGCGGCGCGGGCGCCGGACCUCUACGACCGCCCCGCCGCCCGGAUAAUGGCGGGGGCCACCACGGCGCUGUCCAGGGCCUCCGCCCUCGCCGCCCGGUGCGUGCGGGGACACCCGCGGCUCCGCAGCCUCUUCACGCUCAGCCCCGCCGCCGGGUUCCCGCGGGCCGUCGCGGCGCUCGACACGGCGCUCGAGGACGUCGCGUGGCUGCUCCGCAUCUCCUCGCCCGGCGCCGCCGGGGACGGCGACGAUGACUCGCUCCUCGGCCUCCCCAACAUCGCGCAGAACGAGCCCAUCCUCUUCUUCAUCUGGGACCACGUCGCGCGCCUGCACACGGGCUCCCCCGCCGCCCGCGCCGAUUCGGCCGCCAACCUCGCCUCGCUCGCUCGCGACAGCCAGCACUUCGCCAAGCUCAUCAUCGAGGAGGACGGCGUGCCGCCGCUCCUCAAGCUGCUCAAGGACGGCACCGACGAGGGCCAGGAGGCUGCCGCGCGCGCGCUGGGGCUGCUGGGAUGCGACGCCGAGAGUGUUGACAAGCUUGUGCAGGCGGGGGUGUGCUCCUCCUUCGCAGCCGCGCUCAAGGACCCUCCCAUGCGCGUGCAGGCUGCGGUAGCGGAGGCCAUCGCUGCCCUCGCCGACCGGAGCUCCACGUGCCAGGACCUCUUCGCUCAGAACAACACCGUCCGGUACCUGGUUGGCCACCUUGCCUCGGGGACCAUCCAGGAGCACAGCAGGUACUCUGUUGGCUCCAACAGCUCCAAGAACACCACUGCCUCGCCACAGCAGCCCAUGAAGUCACUCCACUCUGUGGUACUUGCCAAGACACAUAGCAUGCGCCACACCGGUGGUGAUCAUGACACCGCAAUUCACACUGAUGAGGCGCCGAGGAUGUCCAACGGAGGCGAGCAAGACGCGAAAAGGAACCCCCAUAUGCAGUCGGUGGUGCACUCUGCUAUGGCUGCCAAAACAAACACAAACGGCUCAUUUGUUCCACCGUUCAGGCCUCAGCUUGGAACUAGUGGCUCCAGUGGCCGUGGUGCUCGUGAAGUGGAGGAUCCUGAGAUCAAGGCACAUUUGAAGGCCAUGGCCGCGAAAGCUUUGUGGAAACUUGCCCAUAACCAUUUGGGUGUCUGCAAGAGCAUUACAGAGUCUCGUGCACUGCUGUGCUUUGCUGUACUUCUUGAGAAGGGUGAUGGAGAUAUGGGCACUGAGGUACAGUUCUUCUCGGCAAUGGCAAUCAUGGAAAUUGCACGUGUUGCUGAGCAUAGCCUUGUUCUGCGGCAGUCGGCUUUCAAGCCCAGCUCCCCAGCAGCUAAGGCUGUGGUUGAUCAGCUGCUCCGCGUCGUCCGCAAGGGUGAAUAUGAUGUGUUGCUCCUCCCAUGUAUCACCGCCCUUGGCUGCCUUGCACGUACCUUCACAGCUAGUGAAACCAGAGUCAUCGCCCCUCUUGUGCAGCUUCUUGAUGAGCGUGAGCCACCAGUCACCAAGGAGGCAGUGGUUGCACUCACUAAGUUCGCAUGCUCUGAGAACCAUCUACAUGUGAACCACUGCAAGGCCAUUGUCGAUGAUGGUGGUGCUCGCCACCUUGUCCAGCUUGUCUACCUCGGUGACGAAAUUCAGAUUGAGGCGCUGAUACUACUCUGUUACAUUGCACUGUAUGUACCUGAGAGCGAGGAGCUCGCGCAGGCUGGGGUGCUGGCUGUGCUGCUCUGGGCAUCAAAGCAGGCUCACAUGGUUCAGGACACACGUGUUGAGGCGCUACUGCCAGAUGCCAAGUCGAGGCUAGAGUUGUUCCAGUCCAGGGCCUCCAGAUGAUGUUGGGAACGGGAUCACUGGACAUUGUUUGGCAAUCCCUGAUCUUGAUACCUGUUGUCAAGUAGAAGAGUUUUCUUUUGCUAUCAUUGUGGCAAGUUUCACUAUCCUAGUAUACUCCCUCUACUUGUCUGAUUGAUUUGAGAUUAUUAUCUGACCAUGAUUAUUGUCACGUGGAAGAACAACAGACACUGACAUGCCGGACCCUGUCUAAGUUUCAACUGUGUGCAUGUCAGCGUCGGUUCCUACAGGUCUCAAGUCACGAAGCCAAGCUACUCACCGCAGCCCGCAGGGACAGUGACACCGCACAGGUUGGUGACAUAGAACACCUUCUCCAUGCUUAAUUUCUCCUUGGCAUCGCGGGAGCCCAGGUAGUCACAGACACAGGAUACAUGGGCAUCUGCGGCCUGCACGGUUCUGCAGCAGUCGGAAGACGGCUUCUGCUUGGGCCCCUCCUUCUGGACGUACUGCUUGCAGGUGUGCCACAGUGCAUCGAUGUUGUUCUGGCAGGUUGUACUGAGGAGAUGGUGGACCUGAAACUGCUGCUGCAGCGGCAAGGAGGAGGAGGAGCGUCGCGGCCAGGAGGCCAGCAGAGCUUAGCUGUACCAAUGAGCUCGACCAUAUCUUGUUGUGGUCUUUGGUGGACUGGGACUUCACCAAUUGGAUUGUGUUUUUGUUGUUGUAAUGUUGUGCGUUUGAGAACUAGAUGGUAAUUGGUACUUAUGGUAUCUGCUGCUUGGAGUUUGGGAUUUUGUUCCCAAGGUUGGUUUGGUUGAUUGGGGUUCUGGGGUUCCUGUGAACCGCUGCAAUGCAAUGUUAUUUUCGUGAGCUGUUUUCAUGCAGCGUGUUUUGCUUAA